AUGGGAGGUUCAGCCCCAUUGACGACGAAGGCGCAGGCAGACCCGCUCUCUGCCGCCGCCCCUCGGGUGGUGAAGGCGGGCCCCCUGGAUCCAGCCACUGAGAAGUGGGAGAUUGCGGAAAGGCUCCGCCUGCGAUCUGGCCACAACGGGACCCGGGACUCUCCUGAGGAGCGGCCGCGCUCCUCCAGCUUCGACUCGGAGGAUGAGAGCUUGGCCAAGCUGUCACAGGCCUUGAGCAGUCUGGAGAGAACUCGUACUGCCUUGGAGAAACGGCAGCUGGAGGCGGAUGGCAAGUGGCCAAUUGCUUUGCAGCCUCGGUUCUUUUCGGGGGUUUGGUAUGUGAAUGAGGGUAGUUUGCCCACGGACACAGAGCUCGUGGCGAGCCGAAUUCGCGAGGGCAUCCGUGAAGGAUCCUAG